UCUCUGAGUCAUGACGUAGUGAGUAUCGUGUGAGUAUGGCGGUAACGUUCCCUGUGUUUUCUGUAAGUUAGGAUUUUAGUGUUUCUCGUCCGAUUGAAAGUCUGCCAUCGACGUGACUCCCGUCCCUUUGAAAGGACUCAGGAUGAGCUUCUUCAGUAAAGUUUUCGGAGGGAAGAAAGAGCCGGUCGCUCCUUCGACGGCCGAGGCUAUUCAGAAGCUGCGAGAGACAGAGGAGAUGCUCAUCAAAAAGCAAGACUUCCUCGAGAGCAAAAUCGAGCUAGAGAUUCAAGUGGCUAGGAAAAACGGGACGAAGAACAAGCGAGCUGCGAUACAGGCAUUGAAAAGAAAAAAGCGUUAUGAGAAACAGUUACAACAAAUCGAUGGAACUUUAUCUACUAUUGAAAUGCAAAGGGAGGCUCUCGAGAGUGCUAAUACAAAUACGGCGGUACUAACUACAAUGAAAAGUGCUGCAGAUGCUCUUAAAUCGGCACAUCAACAUAUGGACGUCGAUCAAGUUCACGAUAUGAUGGAUGACAUUGCCGAACAACAGGAUGUUGCAAAGGAAAUUUCGGAUGCAAUUUCCAACCCUGUCGCAUUUGGACAGGACGUAGAUGAAGAUGAACUAGAGAGAGAAUUGGAGGAGCUCGAACAAGAAGAGCUCGAUAAGGAAUUGCUUGGCGUUGCUACUAGCGACGAACUUCCAGCUGUUCCUGCAAGCUCUGAACCUGCUGUUCCUGCCAAAGCUCGUUCUAAACCAAAAUCAAAGGAAGAAGACGACGAUCUAAAAGAACUUGCAGCAUGGGCCUCAUAAUAUGUUUAAAUCAAAUGCUGCUAUAAUUAGGAAGUUAUUCAGCAUAAUAUAGCGCAUAAAAGAUUUUCCCAAAUAUCAAUCUGAAUUUCUCUGUAUUAUAAUCCUCAAGAAAGCGAGCGUACAAUUUAGAAUUUUUGUGUGUGAUUAAACGCAAUAUUUCUGUUUCGGCGAUCUUUGCUGGAUUAAUUAAUAUAUCAGUGGAUUACUUUAGGGAACUUAAGAACUACAUGUUAAUAAAUGUCAAACAUUAUUCUAACAUGUGAAAGGUAUAAUAUAUUCCAUUUUCGUAAACGUAUUCGGUAUUAUUAUCAAUUUGUUAAUCGCUUCUAAUAGGCGAAUGUUGAUUUAUUGUCAUGCCUAAGUAAUGGGACACACAAUCUCUGGACAUUGACGAUGUUAAAGAAUGAAAGCAGACAAAAGUUAAAUUACACCCGCGUGCCUAGCAAAUGAUUGUAUCUAACUAUAUGACUGCAACCUAAGCUUGAAUUUUAUAUUAAUGUAUAUAAAUACAUAGCUUUCGACAGUG